GAUAAUUUGCCAAAUUCAAUGCAAUAAGAUGUUUAUAAGAAGGGAACUCCUUAGUUAUGACAUCGCUAGAAGCUCUUUUUCCUCGCAGUGAAAUACGACAUUUGACAAUGAUGCUAUUUGUGCCACUAAUAAUUGUGAUAGGCUCUCUCGGUGUUCAGGCGGAACAAGUUCACUCUCCACGUGUCGCCAAUGGAAAUCUAGCUGCUCAUGUGCCCCACAAUGCGUACAUUCUCUACAAAAAUGACCAGCUCGGAGGUUUCUUCGGUGGUGGAACGAUCAUUUCCGAUUGUCACAUUAUAACGGCUGCCCAGAACAUUGUCGAAUUCACUCAAUGGGACGUUGGAGUGGGAAGCAACGUCUUCGAUCAGCUCAGCACGAUUACCUCACGCGAAGCUACAGCACAUCCCGAAUUUGAUCCCAUUAUUUCGGCCAAUGACAUCGGUAUUAUCACGCUACCUGGAUCUCUGGAGUUCACCUCCAACGUAUUUCCGAUUGCGCUUCCGGAUUUGAACUCUCAGCAGACGGAACUCCUUCCUCUGGAAAAUGAAGAAGGCGUCAUUCUAGGGUUUGGGUUCACUUCAACCGCUUCCAUGGACCGAUCAGACUUCCUGAUGCACACCUUCCAGCGAGUAACUGCCGAUGAACGUUGUCAAAGAUUCUACCAGGUUGAGGUGCCACAGCACUUCUGCGCCGAGGACAACGGUCCUCGGCAGUCCAAUUUGUGCAUACGAGACGUUGGCGCCGGUUUUGCCACAUAUGUGCGUGGUCGGCUAACGCUUACCGGAAUUGCUUCGCUGAUCAGAGAGCGAUGCGACAACAGAAAUCCCACCGGUUAUGUUCGGAUAGAUUACUACCGGGAAUGGAUCCACAAUGUGACGCAGAUUUAGUGAUGUUCUGGGAGUGUUAUUUGUAUUACAUUGAAUAAAUAUCAGUUGAUAUCAACUCAAAUGAUCAAA